CGUCAUCGGCUUCGUCAACUCACACACACAACCUCCGCCACCCCCCUAACACACUUAGAGACACACACACUUAGACACACACACACUCAGACACAGUCUAGCACCAGCGACAGAAGUCUUCGCCUAUUCAGGGGGCCGAGACGUGCAGAUCAACGAUUCUUGGUGAUUAUAGAUUGAGUUCUUUAGAGCAAUGGAACAAGAACAAGCUAUAGGAGCAAAAAGGGUCUGGGAAUCUGUAAAGUUAUAUACUGUCAAGUGCGCCAAAUGUUCAAAAUGGAGGCUCAUCCCAACAAAGGAAAAGUAUGAGGAGAUACGGGAAAGGAUCGUAGAACGAUCUUUCCUAUGCGAUACAGCACGUGCGUGGCGACCUAGUGUCUCUUGCAAUGAAGAAUCAGAUGUUAAGCAGGAUGACAGUUUCCUUUGGGCUAUGGACAAGCCGAGAAUUCCCCAAACUCCUCCAGGCUGGCAACGUAUUUUACGAAUCAGAGCUGAAGGCGGCACAAAAUUCGCUGAUGUGUAUUAUGUCACCCCAUCUAACAAAAGAUUACGUUCUAUGGUCGAACUUAGCAGGUACAUUAAUGAGCAUCCGCAUCUAUGCGAAGGUGUCAACAUCUCGCAAUUCUCGUUUCAGCCCCCAGUACCAUUGGAUGAGAAAUACAUUGCAAAGCGAGCCCGUUCUACCACCCAUGACACAAGCAGUACUCCUGCAGCAGGGGCUUAUCAUGCAUUACAGACUCAAAAUGAUAGCUCUGGGGUGCCGGAGAGUGCAACUACUGAGGCUAAAGCUCCUGCUCAAAGUUGAGGAUAUCGCUUCGCCCAGAAUGCUUCCACCAAGAAGGAGAUGGACAACAUACACAAACCAUAAGCUCAGACUUACAAAGUUCGUGUAUUUGAAGUAUACGAAUGGGACCGUUGUCGAAAUUGUGGGAGGUGUCAACUUGUUCAUCAUAUUCAUGGUGGAAUUAUGUUUGUAAAGUAGGUGGAAUUACUCUUUCCAGAAACUUUUUGCAGUUUUGACUUCUGACUUGUGGAAAUUGUGAAUUUUUUUAAAAAUGUAUUGAAAUGUAAAUAUAGAACUUAUUAAUAUAUUAAAAAGUGUCACGUGCAUUUCAUGUGCCAAAAAAA